AUGCAUUUCACCUGUAUCAUUUUCGUCCUUUUCCAACUGAGUGACACUCAAACUAUCGUAAGUUCAUUUAAAGUUCAAAAAAUAGAAGAUAGCACCGCAAUAUUUCUAAGGAGCUACAAGCAGAGCCGUUGGAUUGGACCAUCAGAUCUAUCAGCGCCAGAAGUGAUUAGGGAACAAACAAGUGUAAGAAUAAAUCAGAAAAAAAUCUGGCUUAAAUGGUAUCAAAAUGGAACAUCCGACAUCCAAAUAAUCAAAAGGAAACAACCACAGCGUACGACUCAUACAGGUGAAAAGUGGUUAAAAUGCGAAUGGACACAUAUGAUCAUCAUAGACACACAGGGACUCGUACUGCCAGGGAAGGAAUCUGCUUACACAUAUAAUGAUUCAUACGGUAAGAAGCCGUUCUCAUGUUCGAAGUGUGGGAAGAAUUUCACCGGUUCAUCGAAUGUGCUUAGACAUACGCUAAUAUGUGCUUAG